AUGUCUGUUGAUGAAAAAAUUGAUGAUAUACGGCUAACAAUAGCUGCAAUUCAUCGAGGCCUUUAUAAGUUUGAUAAACACCUGGAUGGAGUUCUCAGUGGUCUGAACGAAACUUUGACCAGCCUUGAUCAGCAACUUAAUAACGCCGAAUAUGAAGUAGGCCGGUUAAGAGAGGAUGCAAACACUGUGCUAAACUAUGUUCGUACCAUCUUUAACACAACUGAUUUCUACCUUUUGAUCUUUCAACAGUAUAAGACGGGAUUUCCGGAGUACUCCACCUUUAUUGGAAUUUUGUUAUUUCUGGAUCUCCUCAUUUGGAUUAUCAUCAUCUAUCUUAUAAUCCAUCUUAUACGAACUUGGAAAAGUCGUAUGGCGAAGCUGGAGAAACUUAUUCAGAAAGUGAAGAAAAAAAGAAAGGAUCCAAAAAUUAUGAACGAUAUAGCUUUGGAUUUAAUUAUGGUCGAACGACUAGCAGCUGCACCUCAGCCAAAUGCUCCAUCAUUGCCCAGUUACGAGAGUAUAGAUCGAGCUUUGCCUUUAUAUUCAAAAGUUGUUAAAGAUGGUUAG